AUGACUGUUUCAAGUUUUUUUGUUAUUUUCGUUGCAAUUUCAUUGGCAACCGCUUACCACGGUAGGUGAAACACUGCAAACGCUUUAACUCCUAGAAAUCUUUCAAUAUUUCAUUGCAACUCUAAUACCCCAUUAAAAACAUGUUUAGAUAAACCGGUGAAACUUAAUGAAAAAUCAGAAAUAGAGAACUGAAAACUGAAUUUUCCUUGGGAUUCUAGUAAUCGCUACCUUGCAUUUUCAAUGUGCGACUUUGCUUCGCGGAUGGGUAAAUAUCCACCACUAUUUUCCAACACUUCGAUGAUUAAUUAUUGGAUAUUUCUCAGUCAAUACGUUUCCUUUUCUUACGCAACCUCAGUUACGUCCGUGUUGUUGAUGAAAACCAAGUUUAGAACGCACUUAAACUGAGAGUCGUAAGGUAAAAAUCAACCACAGUUACCGUUAGUAGAAAGACAAACUUUACAAGGAGCGAAUGACAACCUAAACACUGUAGUGAGCCUGAAGGACGGAAAAUCGCGGGUGACCAAGUUACCGUUUUCGGUUUUGGGCGAAAAUUUGAUUGGUUGAUGGGAGGAACUGAGUUUUCUGUAUAAUCAAAUGAAAUCCUGCAUAUCGCUGGGAACACAUAUGCAAAUUGUAAAGGACGGAUUGCAUAUCUUUUCGGCCUAUCUGUUUGUGAGGCACGCGGUUCAAUUGUUUCACCCUUUAAAACCGUAAAACGACUAGUACCUAAUUUUUCCCUACAAUAAUACUGCCAAAUGAACAUAAGAAUAAAAGAAAAUGAUUGCCAACCUAUGAGGCUCUGAUUGUGAACCAAUUUCUACUUGUCAGUACCAAAGAAAAGUAUAGCAAGGAGUAUAGAAAAAAAUGGAUACUGAUGUUAGUAUGUAAAGAGGUUGGCCAAGUAGAAUCACAACAUCAGUUAUGUUUUAAAGAUGCCUUCUCCAUAUUCCUGCGCAAGAAGAAUUUUUAAAGAGCUCUGAAUACUUUUUGUGACGGUUUCUUUCUCCCAUUAGAGAAACGAAAAUGUAAGAUGGAUCUUGGUUUGAUAGUUGAUACAACAAAAAGUAUCAAAGAAGUAAACAUACCCAUACUGCAAAACGCGCUUAAACACCUCGUCGAAGAAUUUGACAUCGGAAGCGAUAGAACUCACGUGUCUUUGGAGACAUUCUCCAAUGAGGCUACACUUCACAAUAAAUUCAGCGACGAGCAAUAUCACAAUGAAGCUGCCCUACUGGAAUUGAUAACAAACAGCGUCAAUGACCUCGCCCAACCGACUCGACUGGACAAAGCACUCGUGGUUUCCAAAGAUGAAAUGUUUACAGAAGAGAAUGGAUUGAGGUCGGAUGCUCAAACUGUGGUGGUUCUCUACACAGAUGGAAGAUCGCAUCCCGAUACCGAGGAUUUUUUUCUGGAUAUUAUAGCACUUAAGGUAAACAAGAAGAAAAGGCAAUCUGGAAUAAACGUAACUAAGAGGGCUGAUCGCUUAUUAGAUAUCUGGUCCCUUAAUAGCCGUCCUAACUUUAACUCCGUUAUUUAACCCUUUGCAACCUGAUAUCAGUAUCCGUAUUCUCCUUACUGUUCUCUAAACACUUCCCAAGGGGAUGACAGGGAGAGCUUAUUUAGCAUACACAAAGCAUCUUUAUUUAGUGAUCAUUUCCUAUAUUCUCGUAACUUUUAAGGAUCGUAGUCAACCACGCUUUUGUUUUUGUUUACGUGUGGGAAACUGUGGGGAAAAAAUCGUUCAAAGGUUAAAGGAGGGAAGAGAAGAUACCCAAUGAAGUUCUGGAGAAAUAUAUGUCUGGAGUUAUCUGCUCCGGUAGAAAAGGGCCAAGUAAAAUCAAAGAAAACAGCACACAGAAAAAAAUUAUUACAUUUUGUAACGUAAUAUCAUGGCCGGCUCUGACCUCAAGAACUUUCUAAUAGGACCUCAUAAUGGAAAUGGCACCAACGCACUUAAUCACAUCGCCAAGGAAAGUAAUUAACUCUUUCACCCCUAAGAGUGACCAGCAUCUAAUUUCUCCUUACCAUACAGCCCUAAAUCAAACAUUAAGGUCAUGAGAAUAAAGGAGAUGAGCACCAACAAAAGAAGCUCUUGAUUGUUGAACAAAUUCUCCUUGUCAGAACCCUAGGAAAUGUCCAGGGAGUUGUAUGGAGAAUAUGCAUACUGAUGAUUAGGAAUAAAGGGUUAAAAUAUAUCCUGGUAAGAGCUUAUCUCUGAAAGCCAAAGUUUAAAGUCGCUGGCGAAUGGCAGGAGUCGUGCAAGCCCGUCGAUACUUUUUAAUUUCUCAUUUGCUUCUUGUGAUCUGCACCUCGUGCGAAGCUUUUCGAUACUUUGAUGCUGCAUGAUCUCUGCACAUUGGCUGUAAGAAUCCUUUCCCUUUGCCCUGUGUCUUUAGGCCUUUCAUGGACUUCCAUGUGAAGGAACGCGAGAUGCCAUCGACGGUACCAGUUACAAACAAAAAUUUAUCAAGAAAUUGCCCGGCAAGAAAACCACUAAAAUAACUAUCCAAAAUAAACCACUGAUAAUUUUAGAGGACGGAGGUCUACGACAAUUUAAGACCUCAAUAUAUUUAAAUCGCACGGAUACCCUCGCAUAAUAGACCAUAAGGGGAAUUUCACUGAUAAAGAUGGCAUAAAAAAUGGCGCACUGGGCGCGUGAUUUCUUGUGGUUGACUAAGAUCCUUUAAUGUGUGAUUCAGGGGUAAUGUUGCGAUGAGAACUUUUGUGCUAGACACUCUUAAGGGUUAGAGGGGUAAGUUUAGUAUUGAUACUUACAAAAUUCCCAGACACUCAUUCCACGCUUCCUUUCUCCGAUUCUACCACUUGAGGAAAACGUGGGUUGUUCGGGCGAUACAGCAACCGAAAGAGCGGUCAAUUGCUAACUUCUUUUUCAGCAGUUUAGCCUAAAGUUCUGUAAACUCUUAGACAGACUUUCCUUUCUUCCUUAAAUAACUUACUUGAUUUACAACAGUAGCUCUCUUCAUUUUAUUUUUAAGAGGAAAGGUGCCCGUAUUGUCGUCGUCGGUAUCGGCCCAGACGCCCAGAAACCAAAGUAUCGUCAAGUCCUUGACUACAUUGGAGGCUCACAUUUGUUUUUCGUGGACGACUAUAAAAAUCUCGACGAAGCAACCCACGACAUUGGAAAACUGAUCUGUCGUGAGUAUACAUAGCCUACAGGGAUUUUCUUCCUUCGUAAUAUUUUUCUAGAAAUUUAGCAGAGAUAAAUUUACGGAAAUCAUUGGUGGCUAAUGUUUCGAGGAUUCUUAAGAGUAUGGCAAAAAACAAGAUUUGCAAGCUUUUUGUAGGAUAUUUUUUCCACUUUAACUCUGGGCUCUAUUUUUAAUUGAUAUUACGUUCAAUAUUUUUCUCUUUGAUCUGUUUGUUUGUUUGUUUUUUUAAGUUGUUGUUUCUGUUUUUUUGCUUCUUUGUAAUUUUAGCGAUUUGAAGAUUUUCUAACAUUUCUGAGAAAUAUAACAAGUAUACUACUAUAGAAAAUGGAUACUUAAAAUACAUUUUAUGUUUCACGCGUAUGUCACACUUCGAUAAAAAAAACUUUUAGGGAAAUCACAUGCGAAUAGAAUCAAAGAGCUUGUGGGUCAAAUUGCAGGUGUUUGUAGCUUAAAAUCGGUAACUGGCCGGCGAAUCAGCGUACAAUCCCAUCAGGGAAAUUCCGGUAAAAAACCCGGUGCAAGCGUGCAGGCUACAGCUAGCUCCUCAUAAUUCUGAUUAUUUCCCGCAGCACCGGAUCCCUGUGAGAAAUCUAAAGGGAUGGACGUAGCAUUUGUGAUAGACAAGACCAAAAGUCUAGGGGUGCCGAAUCUCUUGCUGCUCAAAGGCUUCGUCAUUGAGCUCAUUGAUGCGUUACACAUUGGUCCAAACAACACACACGUUGGCGUGAUUACAUUUAACAGGAAACCAAAGGUCCUCACCACCUUCGCAGAUGAAAAGCUGUACAGCAACAAAGCCGCACACGACUUCAUUGCUGGGAUGUCUAUCGCCCUUGGUGACCUUACCUUCAUAGACAGAGCUCUGAACGCUGCCGCACAAAAGCUUUUUACUGAAGAGGGAGGAGACAGACCGAAUUUUCCAAACGUUCUGAUUCUCUUGUCGGACGGAAGAACAAAUAUAAAUUCAAAACCCUUCUCCAAAAUCAUCCCUCUUCUAGAGGUUAGCAUUCCAGACUAUAACAAUUUCGUCCCUUACUGAUCAUCUUUAGCGCCCUUGUAAGUUCUUACACGGCAUGCAAAAUAUCGUUUGCAUAAUUCAGAAGAAUCAAAUGUGACCGUUUGAAGCACCACGUCAGGAGGGCCAAAGUAACAAGAAAAAUAAGAUAAGAUUUAUUUGAAAAUCACUUGUAUCGUACCUACUUGACUAACCGCCGCGCUCAAUGUGGCGUUUAUUCCAAAUUAUGAGAAAUGAUAUCAAGUAGAGAACAACUCGGUAACCUAAGCUAUCCCUGGAGAUUUCCAUUCUUCACUGAAACUCAGGGCGCCCAAGUGGCUCAUAUUUUCCCGUCCCUUCCCUUCACAGGAAAAAAAAGUCCACAUUGCUGCCGUUGGAAUUGGUGCAUAUGAAGAUUUCGAAGGCCAACUGGAGGAAAUCGCAGGAAAAAACGUUUACAAUGCCAGCAACUUUGACAAUCUGUCGGAUCUGUUCGAAAACAUUCUGGCUGAAACGUGCAGUAAGUGAACCAAGCGAAUCUGUAUAGGGUAUUCGAGUUCGAAUCAGUUCAAAGAUCCCAUGUGUCGCGCCGGCUGACAAACGCGCUGAAAACAAUGCCAUGCUAAGAAUGAAGUCACUUUCAAAUGACACUAACCUAAGUGCGCACACAACUCCGGAAUAUAGGUAACAACAACCCAAAACAAAACACUGACGGUUUCGAGAGGAGACGGUCAACACGGAAUUGCAAUUUUAGACAAAAGUCUUUAUAUCGCAGAUACCACGAGGAGCUCUGCGCCUCAUGUCAAGUAGGCACACCUCACUAUGUGUUUGUGGUUAAUUAUUGUUGACAUGAGACGAACAAAAUCUGAGGGUUAUGAAUGAUAUUUAAAGCUCUGAAUAUUGCAUAUCUAAAUUAUAUAUCGGUCUGAAUAUCUCAAAAAAAGGUUAAUGAAAUGUUACUCGAUGCAUUUGUGGUAAUUUUUCGCCUUCAUGGGCCGUUUGAAGCGUCUUUUAACGAAAUUACUUUUGACCGGAGGCCGUUAGAAGUAAUUUCGUAAAAUGGUCACAAAAAUAAAUGUUCAAAUAAACGAUUCAGUUAAAAAACGAUGAUUGUUUAGAACACACUUUUGUGAAACUACGGCUUUACUUCUUUCAAAUAUCCGGCCCCUUGUGUUUAACAGGUGUGGAUGGCCAUCUUUCCCGCUGGAGCUUGUGGUCUGAAUGUGAUGCGCGUUGUGGUGGUGGAGUUCAGACAAGAACACGAACCUGUACAAACCCUUCCCGCGAGGGACGCGGAAAGACCUGUGAGGGUCCUCUGGAGGAGACCAGAGCUUGUAAUGAGCAGCCGUGUUCAGAUGGUAAGAAUAAUUUUCACUGUAUUCAUUAAGAAGUCCGUUUUCGGCAAAUUUGGCUGUGAAAUAGUGCUAGGUAAUACUCUGUAGUUAGCAACAUAAUAAUUUCCAAAAUGACUGAUUCGCUCUGAUUGGCCUAUACCUGGGGAUCGUUCUAACUAGAGAAUUUAAACCAGUUAACUCAUGGUGCGAAUCUUUAUUAGAUUGGUCUGUGUUGCCUUUUGACAACAAUAACGAAGAGCUUCGUGUAGCCAUUCAACACACCUACAGUCCAAAAUUCUUUGCAUUUCCUGGCUUCUCACAAAGGCUUCUACUAAUUUCAGCAAAUGCAAGCGUAAUCGUGCGAAGGAGUCCUACAGAUAUCAGUGCGCACGCCCGUGUGGCUUGCAGAGCUAGAAAGCAAACCCAUUCCCCUAAAUCUCUCCAUCAACUUCUCACAUCAUUAUGACUGAACUCUUUUCAGCCGUAGAGGAUGACAUCAGAGAGUUCAUGCGUCUCCACCCCAAGAGGAGGGUCUUGGGAAAACAGAACAAAUAA